CCAAUACAGAGCCAAAAAAAACGCGAUUUUCUCUGUCACUGUCACGAUUCCCCAGAAUCGUCUUCUCCGCUUCUCCCCUCUUCUUUGCUCGAAUUGAAGCUGACCAUAGUCGUAUGCAAAGAUCAAAUUGAAGCUCGAAUCAAGGCAUCCCCUCUCUUCUCUUAAUGAAUCAAAGUUCUCCUUUUAUUUAGGAACGAGUUCAACCAAGUUUUCGACUAAUACAAGGUUCUCUGCAUAAUAUGGCCGGGAGUUCAGGUGGCAGUACUGACCUUGAUAGCCAGUCAGAUGAUAGCUCACAAGUCGAGAAACUGCAUGUAGAGCCCAUCUUCAGCCCAUUUGUUUGUCCUUUAACAAAGCGGGUCAUGCGCGAUCCCGUAACCAUAGAAAACGGGAACACUUUCGAACGGGAAGCAAUUGAGAAAUGGUUUAGAGAAUGUAAAGAGAGUGGCAGGAAACCUGCAUGUCCAUUAACUUUGGAAGAUCUGAAAAGCACAUAUUUGAACCCGAGUAUAGCUCUGAGGAACACAAUUGAAGAAUGGACUGCUAGGAAUGAAGCUGCACAGCUUGAUAUGGCCCGCAGGUCAUUAUCAACAGGCACUUCCGAAAGGGAUAUUCUUCAAGCAUUGAAAUAUGUGGAAUAUAUUUCAAAAGAUAGCAGAUCAAAUAAAAAAGCGGUUCAUAAUCCAGAGAUAGUGCAAGCAAUUGCUGAAAUGCUUAGAAACGGCAGCAGGAAAGUUCGAUGUAAAGCGUUGGAAACUCUUCGGGUGAUAGCAGAAGAUGACUCUGAUAUGAAGGAAGUAAUGGGUGAAGGGUUUACUGUACGUACCAUAGUGAAAUUUUUGUCCCCUGAGCAGACCUUACGAAAGGAAAAGGAAGAAGCCAUCUCUUUGCUAUAUGAGCUUUCUAAAUCUCAAAAUCUUUCUGAGAAAAUUGGUUCAAUCAAUGGAGCAAUUCUUAUCUUAAUUGGGAUGGCCAGCAGUAAGUCGGAAAACAUUUUGAGUGUUGACAAAGCUCAUAAAACACUGGAUAAUCUGGCACAGAGCGAAAAUAACGUUCGACUGAUGGCUGAAAGUGGUAGACUGCAGCCUCUUCUGACACUACUUCUUGAAGGAACUCCUGAAACUAAAUUAUCCAUGGCUUCAUUCCUUGGUGACCUGAGUCUAAACGCCGAUGUCAAGGUUCAGGUAGCUAAAAGUGUGGGUUCAUCACUUGUGAAUCUCAUGAGAAAUGAUGACAUACAAUCUAGGGAAGCCUCCUUGAAAGCCUUGAACCAGAUUUCGUCAUACGAUGCAAGUGCGAAGGUAUUAAUUGAAGCAGGAAUUCUUCCUCCCUUAGUGGAGUACCUGUUUGGUAUUGGUGUGAAACAUCUUCCCAUGCGACUGAAAGAGGUUUCAGCUACUAUUCUUUCAAAUGUGGUGAAUUCAGGGUAUGAAAUUGAUUCAGUAAUAAUAGGGUCUGAAAACCAGACAUUAGUUUCUGAAGAGAUACUACACAACCUCCUCCAACUUAUCAGCAAUACUGGUCCAUCAAUUGAGUGCAAACUUCUCCAGGUUCUUGUUGGACUGACCAGUUACCCAAAAACUGUUGUAAAUGUGGUUGCAGCCAUCAAAAGCUCUGGUGCUACUAUCAGUUUGGUCCAGUUCAUUGAGGAGCGUGAGUUGCGUUUAGCUGCGGUGAAACUUCUGUAUAACCUUUCUUUUUUCAUGGCGCAAGAACUAGCUGAUGCUUUACUUGCUGCUGGCCAGCUUGGGGCUCUCAUCAGAAUUAUAUCAGAGAACAAUGGAAUUACUGAAGAGCAAGCUGCAGCUGUUGGCCUAUUGGCUGAACUUCCUGAAAGAGAUCUUGCACUCACUCAGCGAAUGCUUAAAGAAGAUACUUUUGGGCUCAUCAUAUCUAGAGUAAAGAGAAUCAGGCAGGGGGAAGCUAGAGGUGGCCGUUUUAUGACUCCAUACCUAGAAGGGCUUGUACGUUCUCUUGCAAGGGUUACAUAUGUGUUAGCUGAAGAUCGCGAUAUACUGGCUUUCUGCCGUGACCAAAAUCUUGGAUGGCUAUUCACUGACUUGCUACAGGCCAAUGGGAUUGACAAUGUGCAAAUAGCUUCUGCUUGGGCUUUGGAGAACCUUUCUUCAGAAUCCAAAACUUUGACGAAAAAGCCAGAGCUUCCCUCACCUGGUAUGUUGGGAUCAAUCUUCGGCUGUUUUAUCAAACCACCUACAAUAUCUGGAUUGUGCCCUGUUCAUCAAGGUCUCUGUUCUUUAAAGGAGACAUUUUGUCUAGUAGAGGGUCAUGGUGUGGAUAAGUUGGUAGCACUUCUAGAUCACACGAAUGAGAAUGUUGUCGUGGCAUCACUUGCCGCUCUAUCCACCUUGUUGGAUGAUGGAGUUAACAUUGACGAAGGGGUUAUUACCAUACAUAAAGCUGAUGGUACCAAACCCAUCUUGGAUGUUUUGGUGGAAAAACGUACAGAAGACCUGAGAAAGAGGGCGGUUUGGGUGGUCGAGAGGCUGUUACGGGUUGAUCUAAUAGCAUAUGACAUUUCUAAUGAUCAGAACGUUGGAACAGCACUUGUCGAUGCUUUCCAACAUGGAGACUAUCGCACUAAACAAAUUGCUGAGCGUGCAUUGAAGCAUGUUGACAGGAUGCCUAACUUCUCUGGGAUAUUCCCCAAUAAUGGAUAGUCUAUCACUUUCUUCACACCAAUCUUCAGUGUUUGUGGGAAACGGUGCCGAAAAUGUACAAGUGUGUAUUAUGUUUUUACGUUUGUUGUAAAGCCCAUUAUUUCAAUCUUCUUUUGUUUUGUAACAUAUACCAAGUAAUAUAUACAGAAUACAUACAGCUUCUUUAUA